AUGGCCGAACGCGCUCUAAAAAUGGGCAACGCAGAGCCAGCCCAAAUCUUGAUGGCGGAUUUGGCACAAGCCGGUCGCUUUCCUAAGGCUUCCAGGGAGACUGCCGCCCCGCGCUCCGCGCGGGCGAGUCGCGUCCGAGGCGUUCUGCUCUUUCUCGCAUGCACGUGUCUGCCCGUCGCCACGGCAGCGGCAAUCUUCAAAGCCGCAAUCGCGUUCAAAACGCAAGAGAGAGAAGACGCGCUUCAAGCCCUCCAGGACGAGGAAAGUGUCCUUCGCGCGGCGAUGGAUGUUGUCGCGGGCGGUUCACUCUGUUUCUGCCUUCCUGUCGACAGCGACGGCGAGGUCGCACACACAGCACUUCUCGAGCCGCAUUUACCCGAAUCAGGCCUGCUCAAACUUCCGGACAAAGACGUCAUUCCAGGCAUUCGAAACAACUCCUUAACGGACCUCUUCGUCGGGAAGCAAAGCGAAUUUUCCCUGCCCUUCAAUUUCAUCCACUUCGCGCUCCAUCGGUCAGGAAGCCUGUACAGGACGUUCAUGUCCCACCCCUCACCGAAGGAUAGCUCACCACUGAGAACGCCAACGCUGUCUCUUCUCUACGUCCAGCGAUCAAGCGGCGCGAGUGUCCUUCUCUCCGGCUUCGCUGUGCCCAUCACUGCUCCCGAAUAUCGAAGACACUACUGGCGUAAUGCGUGGGCUGUUGCGAUACCUGAGGGAGAAAAUAGCGCGGAGUAUGUGCUCAUGAAAUUCGUUCCAGUGUCGCUACAGCUCCACCUGCCGGCUGCGUGCGGCGCCCCGCAAGCUGGCCCUGAGGGCGCCGUCACGCUUCGGCGUUUUGUCUCGGAUUCUGAAGUUAAGUGGAUAUUUUCUGUUUCUCCGUCUUCGUCAAAGUCCUGA